UCUUUAUACAAUGUAAUUUUAUUGACUGUUAUUUGGACAUAAAAUUAAUGAUGACUGAAGAUCAAAAACAAAUUAUACGUGAAACGUGUAAAUCCCACUCUACAAAGGUCUCCGACCGAGUAGAAUUCCCCCGUGCAUACCCAACAAAGCUCAGUAAGCGUGAAUUGGAGGACCUAUACUAUGCUAUACUGGAUAAUAACUUGGAUCUCAAACAAACGAUUAAUACUCAAAAUGAGAGGAUCAAACAGUUGUCUACGAAGGUGCAAAGGUUGGCAGGACUGCAGAAGACAGGGCUCGGGAGAAGUGAUAAAGACUGCUGCAUAAGUGCCAGAGCAUUAAUAAAGGAACAGAAAGAAAUCAUAUUGGACCAGAAAAGGGCAAUUGACAGACUAUCAGAGAAAAACCGCAUACUAAACAUGAGACUGUGCUCUGCUAAACAGUUUUUGGGCAAAAACUCCACAAAAUGUAACAAAUGUUGCCUUGCCGCUGCCAUGUCACUCAAAAAUUCAUCAACUAGUGCUCUGAAUGUAAGCACUAAAAGGAGUGCAAUAAACAUACAAACAUCGGUUUCUUCUAGUGAUUUGAUUCACAAAGAGCCAGUUUCGACAAAGACUAAAGAAGUGCAGACCGACAAUGACAAGAUGACAGGAGAAGUGUGCAAUGAAAAUAAAUGCAAAACUCUCAUGGAAGAGUUGAAACAGAAGAUUGCUUCACUGGAAGAGGCAAGUAUUCUCAAUUAACGAUUAUAUUAUAGUAGAGUUUUGUUGCCAAGAAGGGGAGGAAAUAAGGGGGGAAGUUGCAUUGCUACUUGUGGAAAUGUCUAGAUUUCUAAUAAAAAUAAGUCGCGCUGGUGAAAAAUCUUACUUCUUACUAAUA